AUGGUCGAGGAAUUAUGGCACAAUCUAGACAUGAUGUUAACAUCGAAACGUUUGAUUGAAGUGGCUAAAAGUCAAGGAAAACAUGUACCACCAUCGUUACAUUAUACAGAAAAAAUCGGUUAUGACGGAGCAGGCUCAAUGUCUAUUUAUCGUUCACCGCAUAAUCCACAAGUGGAACCAAAUAUAUUCUCGAAGAUGUUUACGCCGUUAAGUUUGACAUCAUCAUUGACACAUAAUAUUCUGUGGAAAAAUGAAACGCCAAACAGCUCAAAAACAAAUCGUCCAUUAGCAAUUAUUGCUGAAAAAGAGUCAGACGAUUUAAUUGAGUUUAUCAAUAAGACAUUUGAACCAAAAGAAGAUCAGCUACGAAAACCCGGGAUUCAAUUUGAUCAUUAUGGCAUCAUGUAUAAUGUUCAGAUUGAAAUACAUCGUAAUAUGAAAGAUUUCAAGAUAAGACAAAUGGAAUAUGGUGACAUAAAGAAGUCAAGAAAUGAUUAUAACACACGAAAAGGUUUAACGUCGAAGCCUUUAAGUGACGGUGAGCAACAUUUCAUAACUAUAACUCAUCAAUAUAUCAAUUUAACUAACUGGAUCUUAAAAAUCAUGUAA